ACUUUCGAACUUUAUUACAUACACCACAAAACAUCAUUAGAUCUAGAACUUUUCUGAAACAGUUACUAAUCAUAUUAUAAAUGUUUUACCUGAUAAAUUACAAGUGAUACAAAAUAACGAAAAGUCAAGAAUUCGUGGUCACUUUCAGAAAAGUCUUCACACACUUCACUGAACGCGGUCUGUUGUCAUACUGACAGCAGGCUUCGCGCAGAGAAUGAUUAUUGAUUGGAUACGAUUAUUGAUUGCAUACGAGCGUGCGCUCUUCUUAGGGCAAAGCCAUCGACGUGUCGCUUCACAAAACAUUAUAAGCUGGCGCAAGCGUACUUAUGCGUGUCUCUAGUUAAGCUACAGCUAUAAGCAAAACUUUAGAUGAUCAUUGCAGUAACAUAUCGGUCGUCUUUGUAAAACGAUCAUGAGCGAUCCGAAACACAUAACAGAUAACGAAAACCUCAAUGACUACGGUAUACGAAUAAAUCGAUGGUUUCUCAUAUCGCUAGGUGCUUGGCCACAAAUAAGCGCGUCAAAUAGAAAAAAAAAAUUCGCGGUGUCAAUGCAAAUCUUCAUUUAUUCGACCGCGAUGGCAAUCAUUCUGAUACCAUGCAUGUUGUACAUGUGGUUGGAGAAAAAAGACGUUGAGACUAAAUUACAAGCCAUCAUUCCGCUGAUUAACAGAACUUCGGGAUUCUUUCAUUACUGGGUAUUACUUACGCGUAACAAAGACAUUCAACGUUGCAUACGGCACAUGGAAACGGAUUGGAAACUCAUUCGGAGAAUCGAUAAUCGCAAAGUGAUGCUGCAAUAUGCCAAGUUCGGCCGCUUCUUGACUGCCUUGUGCGGGACGAUACUUGGUGGUUCGUUCAUUUUUGUCAUGAUCAAGACAAUGGAAACAAAAACCGUUGUUAUCGGCAACAAAACUAUUACGAUGCAUCCGAUGACAUGUCCAAUGUACAGUAAGAUACUUGAUUGGAGAUUAAGCCCUGCGAACGAGAUCCUGCUGGGUGUGCAAUACUUGUCGGGGUUUGUAAUAUUUUGGUCUAUAGCAACUGUUUGCGGUCUCGCUGCCGUCUUCGCGGCGCAUGCUUGCGGUCAACUGAAUGUACUGCAUAUGUGGUUAAACGAGCUCGCCGAGGAGAAAAAUAAUCACUUAGCAGAACAAAAACUUGGAGCCGUCGUGAAACAUCAUUGGAGAGUCCUCAGUUUUGUACAACAAAUAGAGAGUAUUACGCAUAACGCCUGUCUAGCAGAAUUGAUGACAGGUACGGCGAAUAUGUGCUUAAUGGGAUAUUUCGUUGUUAUGAACUGGAGUGAGUUCGAUAGGGCAAAUAUAUUAUCACAUGUUAUGGCAUACGUGACAGCGGCUAUUAUUACAUUUAUAUAUUGUUACAUCGGUGAAAUCCUCACGGAAGAGGUAAUACUUUGAAAUAAAAAAUAUUUUUU